AUGGCUGCUGAAGUCUCCAAAGACGAUGCAGCUGCGCUCUCCGUCCUCGAGUUGGAGGCCAAAGAAUUUGACAAGGCACGCUGGCCUGGCCCUCCUGAGCAACAAACCUGUGAUGCCGAAAUCGACCGAAUCUUAAGAGCCUUCAGAUUAGAUGCGUACGCAGUCAUGGAUCUCCAGCCCGGCGUCGCGGAGUCCGAUAUCAGAAUCACCUAUCGCAAAAAGUCCAUGCUCAUCCACCCUGAUAAAACGAAGAACCCCCGAGCGCCUGAAGCUUUCGACCGUCUGCAGAAAGCCCAGACGGAACUCAUGGACGAAAAGCACCGCGAGAGACUAGACGAAGCCAUUGCCGACGCGCGAAUGCUCCUGAUCCGCGAAAACAAAUGGACCGUGGACAGCCCCGAACUAAAGACCGAAGAAUUUGCAAAGAAGUGGCGAGAAAAGGCCAAGGAGGUGUUGAUUGACAAUGAGCACCGUCGCAGGCGGCAGAUGAGGGCGCAGAUGCAGGAGGAGGGUCGCGAACAGCGAAAGCAGGACGCCGAGUUGGAAGAGAGGAAGCGCAAGAGGCAGCACGAACAGGAUUGGGAAUCGACAAGAGACGAGAGGAUCAGCAGCUGGAGGACUUUCCAAAAGGGCAAGUCGGCGGGUGAUGGUGAAAAGAAGAAAAAGAAGAAGCUGAAGCCUAUAGGUUGA